UUGCGAAGAACCUGAGCCUGCACCCUCCUGCACAAUGACGCUGACUCAAGCCGAGAAGGCCGCUGUGGCCGCCAUCUGGGCAAAGGUGGCUACCCAAGCCGAUGCCAUUGGGGCAGAAUCACUGGAGAGGCUUUUCUCCAGCUACCCCCAGACGAAAACCUACUUCCCUCACUUUGAUCUCAGCCAAGGCUCAGCCCAGCUUCGCGGUCAUGGCUCCAAGGUCAUGAAUGCCAUCGGGGAAGCUGUGAAGUACAUCGAUGACAUUAGAGGCGCCUUGGCCAAGCUCAGUGAGCUGCACGCUUACAUCCUCAGGGUGGACCCAGUGAACUUCAAGCUGCUUUCCCACUGUAUCCUGUGCUCCGUGGCUGCCCGCUAUCCCAGUGACUUCACCCCAGAAGCUCAUGCUGCGUGGGACAAGUUCCUGUCCAGUGUUUCCUCUGUUCUGACUGAGAAGUACAGAUAAAUGGCCUCC